UGGCUGGAGAAACGCCAAGUAGGCCUACGGAAAAGUGAGAAAGAAAUCCUGGCACAAGCUUGAACAUCAACAACUGAGAAUGUUUUAGCUGAUUGAGAUGGUUUUGCCCAAAAUGUAUCAGCAUGCGAGCAAGUCCACCAUGGUGGUGUUAUUGACCUUGUCAGCAUUAGCCCGUGCUGAAGUAUUUAGUUCCGGUGGAAAUAUGAAAGAAAUCUUUAGGUUUGAUCUAGACCUCUUAACCGGACUAGAAGGCUACAUCGAGAACUUAGAAAAGCGGAUCAAUAACAUUGACGCCUACUUAGACGAUUUCAAGAAAGCCUCUAGUCACCUCAAACCGGAUGACGAACCCAGUGAUCUUGAUUUGGGGAACCCAAUCACAUCCUUCAACACAGUGAAGAGGUUGAGUGUUUUCUACAAGAAAGUAGAGGACGAUCUUUCCGAUGAACCGACGUCCAACUUUAACCGGACUCUGCGAAUGGCUCGAAGAAGAAGUGUGGUCUCUCCUGCAGAAUCCGAUUUGCACGGAUUGGCCAAGGCCUUGCUCCGGAUUCAAGACGUUUAUCAAGUGGAAGUGCCGGAUCUGGCCAAGGGGAAGUUUGCCAGUACUGGAGUCUUGAUCGAAACUAAUGCGACUCUCACUGCCCAAGAUUGUUGGUAUAUUGGUAAGCAUUGCUACCAAGAACAGAAGCUCUCCCACAGCUUGGAAUGGUUCCAACAAGCUGUAAAUUUGGCGGAAGAAGAAGGCAACCGCACUUUACCGGUGAAGGUAGCCAAAGACUAUCUGAAUAUGGUGGCUAAGGAGCAUGAUGAACAGUUUUGGAAUCCAUGGGGACUCAAGGAUAAGAUCUUUCCCAAGGAGUUCACUAAAGAGCCGGACGUUUUUGAACAAAGAAGAAAGUUAAACCGGGACCGGGAGAAUUCUACUUGGGCCAAGUCCGAAUACAAAAUUGCUCAUAAUGGAACACUAACUCCCCAAACGGUUCUCGAUACCGACAUUUUCAAUGCGCUUUGCCGUGGGGUUGAAUUUCGGUCUCCUGCUCAUUUGGCCAAACUCAAUUGCUACUUGUCAUAUCGAAAUGAUCCCUACUACAUCUUAGCUCCGGUCAGAAUAGAAGUUGCCCAUGACGAGCCUGAGAUUUUGAUAUUCAGAGAUAUCGUGACACCCACUGCUAUGAAACUCAUCCAAGAUAUUGCGUCUCCAUUGCUAAUUCGAGCCCAAGUUGGAGAGCAUAGAGUGGCCGAGGUGUCUAAGAGUAGAAUAUCAAUGAGCACAUGGAUACAGGAUUCAGUGCAUCCAGUGGCUGUGAGUCUGUCAGAGCAAAUAUCCCACUUAACUGGACUUAAAACCAAGUCCUUAGGUCAUCCACGUGAUGCUGAGACCCUUCAAGUAGGAAAUUACCUAAACGCAGGGCUUUAUGACAGUCAUUUUGAUCACCUAAGGAAGCCUGAUAAAUAUGGAUCAUUACGCAGUGACCUUGACGACCGAAUUGCAACUUGGAUGUUUUAUUUGAACACCGUCGAAACUGGGGGCAGGACCGUUUUUCCAUUGUUGGGCGCAGCGGUGAAACCGGAAGCUGGAUCAGCAGUGUUUUGGUACAACUUGAAAAAGUCGCUUUGGCCAGACCAACGCACCCUCCAUGGAGCAUGUCCCUUGCUGUUUGGCAGCAAGUGGGUCGCAAACAAAUGGAUUCGUGAGACAAACCAGUGGGACAGAAGGCCUUGUGGUUUGACCAUUGAUAACUGAAAUGCGGUCUUUUAUCUUCAAUCAGUGUGAUAUUUGAUAAGGUGAUAUUCAUCAUUUACAUGCAACGAUACAUUCUAUAGCUACCUAAUAAACUUCUGACGUAAAACGAAUCUCAAAAAAACCGCAAACUUUGGGACUAGUUUAGGCCGAAACCCAUUUUGAUAUGUAUUACUACUACUCGUACCAUGGCCUGAAUCAAGAAUUUUAUAGUAUUGA